GCCGGCAUGUACCAGCAGCUCAAGGGUGAGUGGAACUGCAAGAGCCCCAACCUGAGCAAGUGCAGUGAGGAGCUGGGCCGCCUCAAGUUGGUGUUGUUGGAGCUCAACUUCCUGCCUACCACGGGCACAAAACUGACCAAACAGCAGCUCAUUCUGGCCCGUGACAUCUUGGACAUUGGUGCCCAGUGGAGCAUCUUGCGGAAGGAUAUAUGCUCCUUUGAGCGAUACAUGGCUCAGCUAAAAUGCUAUUACUUUGACUAUAAGGAGCAGCUCCCCGAGUCGGCCUACAUGCACCAGCUUCUGGACCUCAAUCUGCCCUUCCUGCUGUCCCAGAACCAAGUGGCCGAGUUCCACACCAAGCUGGAGCAGCUACCUGCUACGGACAUCCAGACUAAAGUCUACAUCAAGCACCCUGUGUCCUUAGAGCAGUACCUGAUGGAAGGAAGCUACAAUAAGGUGUUCCUGGCCAAGGGAUAUAUCCCUGCUGAGAACUACACAUUCUUCAUUGACAUUUUGCUGGACACGAUAAGGGAUGAGAUUGCCGGCUGCAUUGACAAGGCCUAUGAAAAGAUCCUGUUUGCAGAAGCCAUGAGAAUCCUUUUCUUCACCACCCCCAAGAAGAUGACUGAGUACGCCAAGAAGAGAGGAUGGGUCCUGGGCCCCAGCAAUUACUACAGCUUCAAGUGCCUCCAGCAGAAGCCGAUGGCCAAGCAAGUUAUCUAAUAUGCAAAGCAGCUGGAGAUGAUUGUCUGA